CCUUUGACCUUGUAUUUAAUGAUAAUAUUUUAGAAAUAAUUAACUUUAAUUCAAAUGCAACUGCAUUUGAUGAUGAUAUUAUUUAUAAAAAUACUAAUAAGAAAUUAGACAAUAUAACUACUAAAGCUCAAUAA